AUGGAGCCUGCUACUACCGUGUCGCAACGGGGGAGACUCAUCGUAGUUGAAGGCCUUGACCGCUCCGGGAAGUCCAGCCAGUGCCAGCGCAUUUUUGAGCGUUUCCAGUCGGAAGGCCUGAAGGUCCGUUAUGUCAAGUUCCCAGAUCGAACUACGCCUACGGGCCAGAUGAUCAACAGCUACUUGACCGGCCAAGAUCAGCAGGACGACCAUUCUAUCCACUUGAUCUUCAGUGCAAACAGGUGGGAAGUGAUCAAAUCUAUCUCCUCUGACCUGAUGUCUGGUAUCAAUGUCAUUGUCGAUCGUUAUUCCUUCUCAGGGGCCGUCUAUUCAGCUGCGAAGCAAAAUCCGGACCUGUCGCUGGAGUGGGCAUGGUCGCCCGAAAUCGGCCUCUUGAAGCCCGAUUUGUUGAUCUUCUUGGACAUCUCUUCUGCUGAUGCGGCCAAACGUGGUGGCUACGGCGCCGAGCGGUACGAAAAGGAAGAAAUGCAAUCCCGUGUCCGGGGCCUGUUCAAGAAAUUGUUUGCCAGACUGGACGGCGUCGCCGUUCAUCAAGUUGACGCGGGGAGAACGAUGGACGAGGUCACCGCCGAAAUUCUGUCGGUUCUGCACCAGGGUCUCAUGCCUGGCGAACUGCAGAAACUGGGCCCGCUGCUCGAUCGAAGGUCUUGA